UGGCAUUUUAACCCACGGGUAUGGGUACCCACGGGUAAUUAUUCCUUCUGGGUAUUUUUUUACGGGUAUGGGUACCCGUUUAUGAGUUUUGGGUGGGUACGGGUAUUUGAUAAAAUACCCAUAUCAAAAAGGGUGGGUAUGGGUGUUACCCACGGGUAUUAAAAUUUUACCCAAUACCCAUUUCUAUUCACCCGCGAUCUCCAAAACGCGAUCUCCUCUUUUCUCUCUGUUCGACCCAGCAGUCGCGCCGGAGAUCGGCUACUCCGGCAUCUAGGAUUGAGGUCGUGGUGGAUAUCGUCGGCGGAAACGAGGUGGAUUUCUAGGGUUCUAUUCCAUCUAGGCUCUCACCAGCUUUGAACUCGUACUCAAGUUUCUCUAAGUAUGGAAGAUAUGUCAUAUAGCUGUGCUAAUAAUGAAAUAAUGGAUGAGGAUGUGGAACAAAGUGUUCCACGCAAAAGAAAGAGGAAAGCAGCAGUAUGGGAUAAUUUUGAAGUAAAAGUGAUCAAGGGGGAAGAGAAAGCAAUUUGUAAGCAUUGCGGCAAGAUCCUAAGUGCAAAGUCUUCAAAUGGAACUAAUUCCUUGAAUUUACAUGUUAAAUCAUGUAAAGGACUAAAGCCCCAAUCAACAAGGAGCGAGGGGACAGUCAUAUUUGGUUAUUUUGAUGAGAGUAAUGCAAAGACUGAGCUUGCCAAUAUGAUCAUCUUGCAUGAGUACCAAUUAUCGAUGGUUGAGCAUCUCGGGUUCAGGAGGUAUUCUAAUGCAUUACAACCUUCCUUUAGGGUUCCAUGUAGAAACACAAUCAAGAAGGAGAUUAUGAAGAUCUAUGAAUUCGAGAAAGAAAAGACAAUGAAGCUUAUACAUAUGAAUAGAAGUAGAAUUGCAAUCACUACAGACAUGUGGACUGCAAGUAAUCAAAAGAAAGGAUUUAUGGCCAUAACAUCGCAUUUUAUUGAUGAUUCUUGGAACUUGCAGAGUCGACUUUUGAGGUAUAUAUGAUUUCUACUCUUUUUUAGUGUUGCUGUUGUAUUACUUAGCUACUGAAAUGUAUCUUUGUCUUGUAUUGAUAUUGCUUAGUUACUGGAAUGUAUAUCUGUCUUGUACUGAUAUUUAAAUUUAAAUAGUAUAUGAAUAACAUGUAUAUCUGUCUUGCUGAUUUGAAUUGGUCUGAGAGAGUUCACUGGGUAUAUGGAUGGGGAUGAACCAUGUGUUGUGAAUUGUAAUUAGGAUUGAGAAUGGGUGCACCAGAUAUAUAGGAAUGGGGCCCUGACAUUGCCAUUUGAUCAAUGAUAAAUAUAUGCACGUGCAUG